AUGACAGCGUGUGCAACUGCUGAAUCUGCUGUUGUUGCCGUUGUAUUAUUUGUUGCAGUUGCAGGACGUCCGCCUGCAAUCUGGCUAUUAAAACCGCCUGCUGCUGGCAGUUGUGGUGGUAAUUGUGAUGAUUGUGGUGUUAAUUGUGGUUAUGAAGUUGUUGCAUGGCAGCUUCCAACUGCUGAAUUUGCUGUUGUUGCCGUUGUGUUAGUUGCUGCAGUUGCAGGACGUCCAACUGCAACCUGGCUAUCAGAACCGCCUGCGGUGGCGAUACACUACAACAAAGGCGAUUGCUUUAGAUUCACUGCCCCGCGUAAAUGUGCAUUACCACGAAGUGGAUGGAUGCACUACCACAAAGGUUGA